AUGGCUACCACUUCCCACAUGUUCAUGUACUCUCUUACUGUCCAGCAGCCAACUGCAAUUACUCAAGCCAUCUUGGGUCAAUUCACUGGAACAAAAGAGCAGCAAAUCAUCACCGCGUCCGGGUCGACUUUGACUAUUCACCGGCCGGACUCUGCACAGGGGAAAAUCACCCCAAUCUUCUCCACCAAUGCCUUUGGCAUCAUUCGUUCGCUGGCGUCCUUCCGAUUGGCUGGUAGUAGCAAAGAUUAUGUUGUCAUCGGUUCUGACUCUGGCCGCAUCGCCAUCGUCGAGUACACCCCUGCGCAGAACCGGUUCACUCGCAUCCAUUUGGAAACAUUUGGAAAGACUGGAGUGCGCCGUGUCGUUCCCGGACAGUAUCUUGCAGUUGAUCCGAAAGGACGUGCCUGUCUGAUUGCGUCCGUGGAGAAGAACAAACUGGUCUAUGUUCUCAACCGCAACUCGCAGGCAGAGCUCACCAUCUCUUCACCCCUCGAAGCUCACAAAGCGCAGACCUUGGUCUUCGCUAUGAUGGCUCUGGAUGUUGGCUACGAAAAUCCUGUUUUCGCUGCCCUAGAGGUGGAUUACUCAGAAGCCGACCAAGAUCCUACCGGCCAAGCCUACGAAGAACUCGAGAAGGUCUUGGUGUAUUACGAACUUGAUCUUGGCCUGAACCACGUUGUCCGCAAGUGGUCUGACCCCGUCGAUCGCACGGCCUCCAUGCUUUUCCAGGUGCCUGGUGGUGCCGACGGUCCUAGCGGCGUGCUGGUGUGCGCGCAAGACAACGUCACCUACCGACACUCCAACCAAGAGGCGUUCCGUGUUCCGAUCCCCCGUCGCAGCGGACCGACGGAGAAUCCCGAAAGAAAGCGCUCAAUCAUCUCCGGAGUCAUGCACAAGAUGCGAGGAGCCUUCUUCUUCCUUCUUCAGACUGAGGAUGGCGACUUGUUCAAGUUGACCCUCGAAAUGGUUGAGGAUGACAACGGACAACCUACCGGAGAGGCCAGGGCUCUGAAAAUCAAGUACUUCGAUACUGUCCCUGUUGCCACUCACCUCCUCAUUCUCAAGAGUGGUUUCCUCUAUGUCGCCAGUGAAGCUGGCAACCACAACUUCUACCAGUUCGAAAAGCUUGGUGACGACGAUGAAGAGAUCGAGUUUUCCAGUGACUCUUUUUCGGCCGACCCUAGCGUACCUUGUGCGCCGGUCUACUUCCAGCCCAGAGGCGCAGAGAACGUCAAUCUCAUGGAGAGCAGCAACUCGUUGACACCUUUGAUUGACAGCAAGAUCUCGAAUCUCACCCAAGAUGACGCUCCUCAGAUCUACACAAUCUGUGGUUCUGGAGCUCGCAGCUCCUUCCGCACACUCAAGCAUGGGCUCGAGGUGUCGGAGAUCGUGGCCUCCGACCUCCAGCACGUACCAUCAGCCGUGUGGACCACGAAGCUGACACGCUCGGAUGAGUACCACACAUACAUCAUUCUUUCUUUUGCCAACGGCACUCUUGUCCUGAGUAUCGGAGAGAUUGUCGAAGAAGUUUCGGAUACCGGCUUCCUUUCCUCUGCUCCUACUCUCGCCGUGCAACAACUUGGAGAGGACUCGAUGCUCCAGGUUCAUCCCCGUGGUAUCCGCCAUAUCCUUGCCGAUCGACGAAUCAACGAAUGGCCUGCUCCUCAACACCGAUCCAUUGUUGCGGCUGCCACUAACGAGCGCCAAGUCGCCGUGGCACUCAGCUCUGGUGAGAUUGUUUACUUUGAAUUGGACGCCGAUGGAACUCUCGCAGAAUAUGACGAGCGUCGACAAAUGUCCGGCACUGUCACUUCUCUCAGUCUUGGAGAGGUCCCAGAGGGCCGUGUCCGCAGCUCGUUCUUGGCUGUUGGCUGUGACGAUUCGACUGUUCGCAUCCUGAGCCUGGAUCCCGACUCGACUCUUGAGAACAAGUCCGUUCAGGCCCUGACAUCCGCACCAUCUGCCCUUCAAAUCAUGGCUAUGGCCGACUCCAGCUCCGGAGGCACGACCCUCUAUCUCCACAUUGGUCUUUACUCUGGCGUUUACCUCCGUACUGUCUUGGACGAGGUGACUGGCGAGCUUUCAGAUACCCGAACUCGAUUCAUUGGCGCCAAACCUGUCAAGCUGUCCCAAGUGUCCGUUAAGGGUCAAACUGCCGUGCUUGCACUGAGCACUCGUUCAUGGCUCGGAUACUCUGAUAUCCAAACCAAGAGCUUCAUGCUGACCCCUCUGGACUACCCUGGACUUGAAUGGGGAUGGAACUUCUCCAGUGAGCAAUGCGAGGAGGGAAUGAUUGGUAUCCAAGGCCGAAACUUACAGAUCUUCGCUGUUGAGAAGCUUGACAACAAUAUGCUUCAAGAGUCCAUUCCCCUUGCUCACACACCGCGACGAUUCGUCCAGCACCCGGAUUACCCGCUCUUCUAUGUCAUCGAAUCCGACAACAACGUCCUCUCCUCUGCCACCCGCCAGAGACUCAUCGAGGACUCCCAAGCCCGUGACGGUCAGAUCGCAGAGCUUCCGCCGUCCGAAUUCGGAUACCCCCGCGGAACCGGUCAUUGGGCUUCAUGCGUUCAAAUUGUUGACCCAAUUACCACCAAGUCUGUUGUAUACACCCUUGACUUGGAGGAUAAUGAGGCAGCAGUCAGUCUCGCUGUCGUGAGCUUUGGUGACCAACGUGAUGAAGCCUUCCUCGCCGUUGGAACCGCCAAGGAUAUGGUCGUCAGCCCUCCCUCAUCCUCGGGAGGCUUUAUCCAUCUCUACCGCUUCCAGGAAGACGGCCAGAGCUUGGAAUUCAUCCACAAGACCGCUGUCGAGGAACCACCCCUUGCUCUCAUCGGCUUCCAGGGCCAUCUUAUGGCAGGUGUCGGCACACAGCUCCGCAUUUAUGGAGUUGGAAUCAAACAGCUGCUCCGCAAAUGCCAGAGUGAUGUGGUGGGCAAGACAAUUGUCGGCCUCCAAACUCAGGGAAGUCGUAUUGUCGUCAGCGAUGUUCGCGACAGUGUCACGUACGUCGUUUACAAGCCUCAAGACAAUGUCCUGAUCCCCUUCGCCGAUGACUCCAUUGCUCGCUGGACUUCGGCAACAACCAUGGUUGACUACGAGACUACUGCAGGAGGUGACAAGUUUGGUAACCUUUGGUUGCUGCGCUGCCCUCAAAAGGCUUCCCACGAGGCUGACGAGGAUGGCUCUGGUGCUCACCUCCGACAUGAAAAGGGUUACCUCCAUGGAACCCCUCACCGUCUUGAGUUGAUGAUUCACUACUACGCCCAGGACAUUCCAACCAGCAUCCACAAGACUCAGUUGGUUGCUGGAGGACGUGAUGUCGUGGUCUGGACCGGACUCCACGGCACCAUUGGAAUGUUUGCUCCAUUCGCCGGCCGUGAGGACGUCGACUUCUUCCAGCUUCUGGAGACCCAAAUGGCUACCACACAACCUCCACUCGCUGGUCGUGACCACUUGAUGUACCGUGGUUACUAUGCGCCUGUGAAGGGUGUCAUCGAUGGAGAUCUCUGCGAGAUGUACCUCCUGUUGCCUAAUGAUACGAAGAUGAUGAUUGCAGCGGAGCUUGAUCGCUCAGUUCGCGAGAUCGAGCGUAAGAUCUCGGAUAUGCGAACACGCGUGGCCUAUUGA